AUGUUGUACGAGCUGAUUGCUAUUGUCCGCCCGGGCAGCCUCAACGAGGUUCGCGAAAUUGCCCGUAAUGCUGGUGCUCAGGUCAUCCGCUCCGGCGGUGUCGUCCGCGGCUACACCAACUGGGGCGUCUUCCGCUUGCCCAAGGUCACCACCAAGCACCAGGCCCGUUACAGCGAAGGCCACCAUUUCAUCAUGCGAUUCGAUUCCUCCGGUCCCGUCCAAACCUCUAUUCGCCGUACCCUCGGUCUCGAUCCCCGAAUGAUCAACUUCUCUGUCGUCAAGCUGGGUGACAAGCUUGAGGAGAUCAAGGACAUCGAGGGCAAGGUUCAAUGGAACAAGACUCGCAGCAUCACCAACUCUCUCUAA